UUUAUAAGUAUUUCAGUAUUCUAUGGUACCAAUAUGCUGCAUGUUUGAUAACCACAAACUACCAUGUUAACAUAAAAAAUAAAGAAAAUACUAUUUGCAUUGCAAUAAUACCUAUCUUAAAGGAAACUACAACAUGGAUUACAAAGAGGAGCAAGCAGGUGAAAUAGAAGCCCUUGAAUCAAUAUAUUAUGGGGAUGUUACAAUUCUAUCAACUGAACCAUUUCAUAAAUUUAGUAUUCCGAUAAAGUCUGAAGAAUAUGAUUCGGACGGAAAAAAUGGCUUGGCCUGUAACUUGGUUUUUACAUACACUUCAAAAUACCCAGAUGAACAACCUUCUAUAGAAAUUGAAGAACCGAUCAAUAUCAACAAUUCGCACCAAGAAGAAUUAUUGUUACAAUUAAAACAGCAGGCAGAAGAAAAUAUAGGAAUGGUAAUGAUAUUCACGUUAGUCUCUUUAGCUCAAGAAUGGGUAAAUUUGAAAUGGGAUGAUGUUAAAAAACAACAAGAAAAUGAAAAAUUACAAAAGGAGCAAGAACGUGAAGAAAUUGAAAGGAAAAAAUUCGAAGGUACAAGAGUAACAGUUGAGUCAUUUUUAAUUUGGAAAAACAAAUUUGAGGAAGAUCUUGGUAUUAAAAAGAAACGCGAAGCAGUUGAAAAAGAGGGUCGGAAAUUAACAGGGCGAGAACUGUUUAUGACUGACGACACAUUAAAUGAAUCAGAUUUGAAAUUUUUGGAUGGAGAAGAAGUCAAAGUGGAUGAAUCGCUAUUUCAAGAUUUGGAUGAUUUAGAUAUUGAUGAUGAAGAUGACGAUCCUGAUUUUGAUCCCAACAAUUUUGAUAGCGAUGGUUCCUAAAAUUUCAACUUGUAGAUAGAUAGCACAUUGAGCAUUAAAUAUUUUGUACUGUUGUCUAAUAUUGUUUAUUAUAUAAAUCGCAUAUUA